AUGUCACGCGAAAAACCUUACAUUUCUAAGCCUCCUGAAGGAUUUUUUGACUUAGUUCAAAGUGCUUUACAAUGCACUUUUUUUCUGGUCCAUGAGUCCGGCCCUACAUCGUUUCUCCUGAAAGACGAAAGCCAAAAGCCUAUUAAAGUCAGCCUGGGCAGUCGUCAUACAUGCUCAUGUGGGGGUGGACGAGAGCAUUGCUUGCACACCCUCUAUGUUUUAUUGAAAAUAUUCAGGAUCCUCCCAGACAAUCCAAUUCUCUGGCAGUUAUCUUUUAUUGACUCAGAAAUCAACUGACUCAUAAAAAGUCGACAUAAUCCUAUGUUGGAUUAGUUUGGAUUAGAUGAUGGGUGUUUAUAGUCCCUAGUUCUCGUUGGUGGAAUUCUGCGUGGUCCUAGCCGCCUGGGAGGUACAUCCGAAUUUGGUGGCUUCCACCUCUAGUAACUCCAAGCUCAAGCCGAAAUCCUUGAUUCCUAGGCAGUGGUGUUGCCCUGUUGGAUCAAAGACCUUCACUGCCACUACCAUUUCUACUUAGUCGCUUCGACCGCCUAGUUACUCCGCACUACCUAUCACCCUUGGGGAUAUUGUUCCUGCUCGGAUCCCUUUAAUCGGAUAGACUCUCGCCUGCCUUCACUUUUUCCCAGGAUCAGACUACAAACCAGCGGAUUUGUGCUUAAGUCCUUCACUGCAGGACAUCAAAUAUUGCUGGAUCAACUCCUGACUCCAAAACCAUGCUCAGGUAUACGUGGGUUACCUUCACCUUCACAUGAGAAGACGUGUCGGGUGUCAUUACCAUUUUUAUUAUAUAUCCUAUGUUAGAUAAAUAUACAUUAAAAUGGCAGCACGAUUCAAUCUGCCCUCUUGGCGCAGCAGUUCAGACCCUAUGACCAUAUCGAAAACUUGGACGGACUACGAGCCGAGAAUCAAGUGUAGCUUGAAGAUGUGUAUCUGGGUAGGUUUGGCUGUCACUGUGAUUGGAAAUGGGGCAAUGUCGCUUGGAUCCGAGGACCCAUAGGCAUUCCUCUAUCGAAAACUUUGGUUUCGGCCUAGGCCACGUGGAACAGUCUUUUUUUGUAGCUGUCGAAGGAAGGCACUAUAGCACCUGACAGACUCCAAAGAGCUGAUCCUUGGAUCAAGCUGCUCCAAUCUCCCGUUGUAGGCUGUAGAAAUCCAUAAGCACCCACUCAAAACUGAAGCCACAAGGCAAGGAGGAGAGAAGGUAGAGGAAGUGGAGUUCGUUAAGGAUAUAGACCCUAGUCGAAAAGUGGUUAAACCUCCCGCAUGGAUGGUCUUUGGUGAGUGCGUCACUAAUAUGGCUAAUAUCUGACUUUAAUAAUUCUAAUUCCUAUGUUAGAAAAAAAAGAACCAAAAAAGGACAAAAAACCGAAUUCAAAAGUCCAAAGAAUUUCUCUAACAGAAGAAGUCGGAUGGUAAGAAAUAUAUAGCCCAAUUUGCCAAGAAGACAUGAAAGAAGUGUCAGAAUUAGUUUAUUGUAAAAUUGGCUGUGGGCAUAACUUUCAUAUAAAAUGUAUGAAGAUCUGGGCAGAGCAUAAAGUUUUUCAAAGAGAUAUUCAUUUUAUAAUUAAAUUAGCUUUUUAUUUGGUAAUAUAUGACUUUAUAAUAUUUAAUAUAAAAAGUAUAACAUUACAUGCCCGCUGUGCAGAACUGACUGAGGAAAUAAUGUGCUUGAAGAACUAAAUAAACUUUUAGCAAAGUCAAAAAAGCCUAAAAAGCAGCAUAAGUCAGCAGCUUGUGUUGGGUGUGGACAGCAUCCUAUCUUAUCUUAUUAAGUCAAAUCAUUUAAAUCUCCUAAGAGCUUGAAUACCUCCUGCUACCGCUGUCGCCGCUCUGGGUUUCUAUAUUCUCGCCAGGAAGGAUUUUUGAGGAAGGCCUCAAAAGGAGCCACUGAAGGCGCCAGCGCCAACAUUCGGAUUUGACGGGUCACCCUGACCUCGAGCUAUCAUACUCGAUUUGACUGUGUUCCAGCUAAAGGUCAACUCUUUCGGACUGGUUGAGCAGAAAAACACUAUGCGUUCCACUUCCCAACGACCAGAAGUCCGCUCAUCGUCUAUCUCACCUGGCAUAAACGGGAUAGGCUUCACCGUGAAACCUGAACCUCAUAAUUAAAAUAUUGCUGAAAGAGAAACAAUUAGCGGAGCUAAUUAAUUUCGACAGAAUGCCAUAUUUCAAUUAUGAUCAGCACCCUAUCAGGGGUGACAGAUUCCACUGUCUAAUUUGUCCGAGAAGUGACUUAUGUAAAAAAUGCGCAGAUAGCCAUGGAGAUCAUCCUUUCAUCAAGAAAAAAUCAGAAAGUAAAAAAUGGGAGCCUGUGAUCAGACUAAAUGAAUUCAGAAACCUUGAAAACCGAGAAUUAAGCUCAGAAGACUAUGAGAGGCUGCUAGAGCUUGAUAGAAAUCCUCCGCUUUUUGAAUACCUUUUAAACGUAAUUCCAAAUGGCCAGGCUUCUAUAUGCGUAAUUUGCAGUAUAAACCAGCCUUGUAAUAGAUGAAAACUUUUAGACUGUGGUCACUGUGUCCAUGAUGCCUGUUUACUAACUCCCCCCCCCCCUCCGUGAGCGAACAAAAAAAUUUUGUUCGCUCACGGAGGGGGGUUAAUUUUUUUUUUUAAAAAAAAAUUUAUAUAUAAAUUUUAUAAAAAAUAUUUUUUUCGAAUUUAAAAAAAUCCUAAUUUGCAAAAAUUGGGAAGCAAAUAUUAAUUUAAUUUGCAAAAUUUAUGUUUUAAAACGCAAUUUGUUUAAAAUUAAACAGAAUUAGCUCUAGAUUUCAUUAUACUAAUUAUCACUUAUAUAUCAAAAUUUUUUUCCAUUAAAAUUUUUUCUAUUAAAAAAAAUUUUUGUUCACUCACGGAGGGUGGGUUUUUGGUCAAAAAAUGGCGAUUUUUCUAAUGGUUUUGUUCGCUCACGGAGGGGGGGGGGGGGGAGUAAGUAAUUUACAAGAGGAAAAUUAUAUCUGUCCUGCAGAUCAUUAUCCAAUAUUAAAAGGAUUAGAAAUUGAGUGCUUAAAUGUAACUAUGCCUGUAAGAACACAAUCAUUAAACCAAGAAUUAACUGUAAAUGGCCAACAAAUUGCAGCUAAUAAUGAGGCAAGAAUAAGAAUAAGGAAAAGGCCAAAUCCACCGUCAGCACAUGUGAGGAGAGAAGAAUUGUAUUUAGGACCGCCACCAAGAGGAAGGUUUAAUGAAACUAGAGACAGCUGAAAGAGAAGACAAGUGCAAAUGAAUUAUCAAGCUCCUUCUCGGCAAGAUUUCGAGUUUCCUGGACUUGUUAUAACGAAGCUUGCAGGGCCAGCAGCAAGAAAAGGCACUUUAAUCAGUAGUGCGCAUUCUGUAUUAAAUCAAUAA